GCGAAUCGAACCAGGAGUGAAACAAUUUUCACAUUUCAAUAUUUUUAGUACGAUCUGGUAUUUCUCGUUUUUUAAACUGUUCUUCUGUACAACAGAAAAUGAUUUUAUCAAGAUGUAUUCACGGAUACCUGUUUGUGUAUUCCCGUUGAAGAUCGGGCGAAGAAAUGCGGUAAACUGAGAGUUUUCGUUGCGUGAACAGCGUAGUUUUUGGCUGGCUUCAAAAUCAAACAAAUUUUCAUUCAUCAAGCCGGUGUCAGAUUUCGUAUAAAUCUCAGGAUUUUUGUUGAAUUUAGUCGUUUUAUUCUAUACAUCAUUCAUUAUGUCUUCGGUUGGGAUUCCUAUUAACUCGAAGAAUUAUUGGAAGAGCAACGAUUUGAUAGAUAAGAAACUCGGUUCUGUGUUAGACCGAAAGGUGGCUUCGACAAGCAAACAAGUGCUGUUGGAUAGAAUCGAAUUUAAAGAGGCCUCAAAGCCGGAUCCGUUCUACCAAGAACUAAAACAGAAAUACACGCCGUUGAAUAGCGCCUCGUCGAAUCAACAGACUGGAAAUGAUCAGAAAGAAAAUACAAAGAAAAAACUUGAUGUUUGUAUAAAGAAACCAGGCAAAGAUGAAUUACCCUCGCCGAAAUUUGUCUUAUUUGAGAAAGAGAAGGUUCAUCUGGGAUGGAAGACAGUCCGGAGUGUUGGUCCAGGGUUGUUCAAUCUGGGUAACACAUGUUUUCUGAAUUCCGUCAUACAAGUUCUGACAUAUACACCGCCAUUAGUGAAUUACCUGGCAACACAGGAGCAUUCAAGGACAUGUGCAACUGUUGGAUUCUGUAUGUUAUGCGAGCUACAGCGUCAUGUUGUGCGAACUUUCUCGCACAAUCAAAAUCAAGCAAUCAAACCAUUAGCUAUUUUACAGAAAUUAAAAUUCAUUGCAAAACAUCUCAGAUUUGGCCAUCAAGAGGACUCACAUGAAUUUCUUCGCUAUGUUAUUGAUGGGAUGAUGAAAAGUUGUCUUUCUGGAGUGUCUGAGAAAUUAGAUUCAUAUACGAAAGCAACAACAAUGGUUCAUCAAGUCUUUGGUGGAUAUUACCGAAGUCAAGUGAUUUGUGAAAAGUGUCAUCACACAUCAACCACAUAUGAUCCACUCAUGGAAGUAUUGCUUGAUAUUAAGCACACUCAUUCAGUUGUGAAUGCUAUGCACAAGCUUGUUUCAUCUGAGUUACUCAAUGGAGAGAACCUGUACUUAUGUCCAAGAUGCAAAAGAAAAGUUCCAGCGAAGAAAAAUUUAAGGGUUCAUCAACCACCAAAUGUCAUGACAAUGUGUUUAAAGAGAUUCGACAGUCACUCGUUUUUCGCUUCGAAAAUAAACAAGGAAGUUAGUUAUCCGGAACAGUUGAAUCUUCGGCCGUUUAUGAGCACGAACCAAGGACCAGCUGUUCCUUACAAACUCUACGCCGUUCUCGUUCAUUGUGGUUACUCCUGCAACUCCGGACAUUAUUAUUGUUUUAUAAAGGCAGCCAACAAUCAUUGGUAUCAAAUGAACGAUUCCUCUGUUCGUCAAGUCAAUUUAAAAACGGUUUUAUGCCAACAGGCGUAUCUUCUUUUUUACAUCAAAGAACACAACAUUCACAAAGAGAAAACAAAUUCCACACAGAAACAGCCCGCUAGAAAUAGUUGCACAAACAGCACAGAAGGAUUUCAUCAAAAACAACAUUCAAAUGCACCAAAAGUCAUCAGCGAACGGUCAAACAAAGACGACAAAACCGCAGCUCAACAAUUUCCCGCUAAAAGACCCGAAUCUUCGUGGAAAGCGAGCGUUGAAACAAACAAACAGUUAAACUUGAACCAUCGACCUACGAGCAUUCCUCAAAGGCGGGAAAAGGUUGUGUUCGCUUUAAAUCACGGACUUAAAAAACCCCAAAACACAGCAGAGGAGAAAGAAUUGGAAACCAAAGAAGAUAAUUUGAAAACUGACACGAAAUCAUCACAACAUUUGCAACACGAUAAUCGAACGAGUUUUGAAGGAAGGAGCGAGAAAGUCGGUGAAAAACUUCAAGUGAAUGAAGUUAGUAGUUCGGUGGUAGACGACAAAAACAACCGAUCAUCUUCUGCAAGUGACACAAAUUACGAAAACAAGUCGACUGAUAAAGCGGAGCAAAAAGACACAAAAACUCCACAGGAUGUUCACGCCACAACAAAAUGGACUGUUACAAAGAACAGCUCCCUUCCUACGGCAUUGCUACCUGGGGCUUUACUCCCAGGAGGUAGGGAGAGGACCCCCUCUAUGAGCUCGGAGCUCAGUAACCCCGGAAGUGUGGCGAGCAAGACUGGGGACUGGGCCGUGUGUGAUCGAAGUUCCACCCAAGAUAUGAUCGGACCCAGGCUUCCAGAGCGACAACACGCCGGUUGGAAAGUUUCGACAGCUGAUUCGGCGAAGAAAGAUGGCGUGAAUGGAGAUUUUAGGAAGAGCGAACAAACUGCCGGAGAUGAUAGCGACAGCCAGCAAAAGAAACAUAAACACAGAAGGGAAAAACACAAGAGAAAGAAGUCGAGAAGCGUUCAAUCCGAAGAUGAAACGAAGUUGCUAUCGGACGAGUUUCGGGAAGGCGAAAGAAGUCGAGGAAAGGCGGAGCGGUUGAAGAAAUUAACGAAAGCAAAAAAGCGGAAGAAAGCAGAGUUUGACAGGGAUGAAUCGAGUGGAGAAGACGAAGAGAAGAAACAAAGAAAGAGACACAAAAAGCUUAAAAAGAAAAAGAAACAUAAACGAAGCAGAGAUUCCGAGGCGGAGAUUUCAAGUUCGAAAAACGCAGAGAAAGUUGGAGCUGAAAAGAAUCUCAAUUCGAGCCAGGAAUCUUUGUUGACUUCGAAAAGCGACAUAAACUUCGAUGCGGAUUCUGAAAACAAACUACACUCGAGAAAGAAGGAUAGAAAACGCGACAAAAAGGAUUCCGAUAGAAAACAUGGCGGGAAAAUUCUGCACGAGUCGGCUUCUGGCUUCGUUGGCAAAGAUGAAAGCUUGAAAGAAAACGAUGAUCAUAAAACUGUAGCGAAGAAACAAACGUGCUUUGAAAAAACAGACAGCAAUUGUAUUGGUUUACAAAACGGUACAAAAGAAAAAGGUAAAACCAACGGAUACGAUUCGCCCGACGAUAAGUUCCGUACGAAUUGCAAAAAAGUUGGUGAUUUUGGUAAAUCACUUGUUGGGAAAGGGAAGGAGGUGCUUGGGGAUUUGAAGGGAUGUCGGAAGAGGGAUAGGAGGGAUAAUAGUGAGCAGAAACCGCUGGUCCAGUAUUCCGAUGACUCGACGUCGGAGGAGCAGUGUGAGGGUAGUAGGGGUGAAUCGAGGAAUCGUGGGUAUACGCACGUGGAUAACAGGGGUGAAAAAGACUCAAGACACAAGACAAAGUCACCAGAAAUCUCGCGGGAAAAUGUAAACAGAAAAGGGGUUGUCGACACGUUGCUAGGCAACUCGCGAAAGUCAUCAAAAUACGGCCGAUUAGUUGAAAGAUGGGAUGGCGAACGAGAUGAGUCACUAUCAGAUAGGGAUACAGAUGGACACAGGAAGAGAAGGCGGGAUAUCUGGGACGAAGAGUAUGACAGAGGGAAGGUAAAACGGACAAAGAAUAGACACAAAUAUCGUGAUUAUUCGCAUCACGGGGAGAGUUCGUUUCAACGUGAAUACGAUAGAAGAUUUCGAAAGGAAAACCGACAUUCCACGUCUUCAAGUGGUUGGCACAAGCGUAGCUAUGAUCGUCACUCGCGGCGCGAUAGGCGAUGAUGUCAUUUCAUUUCUGGAAUUGACUGGAAAAGACUGAAGAAGCUGCCUCAUGUUGGUACAGUCCAGAUCCAAAAUUGGUUUUUAUAUUUAACUGUGCAACUUCAAAUGUAUGGGAGUCGAAAUAGGUGGGUGAGAAUUGAGGGGGUGGGUGAGGCAUUGUGUGUGAGGAGACCACUAGAGGUAUUUUACAAUUAAAUUACAGAAACAUUGUCAAUGGUAUUGUAUUUUUAUUUAAACAAUGGCUAUAGUCUAUUUUAUCAUUUCCAGCUAUAGUUUUUUGUAUACAUUCUUGUUCCAACAUCUCGUAAGCAGAAAGUUCUGUUACACAAGGUAUCAAGUGAUUUCAAUUCUAUUAUAAAAGUUUUAAAAG